AUGGAAACCCCCGAGAUUGGCUCGCUGACAGCCCAUUCUCCUCAGGAGAGCCAGUUUGUGGGCUCGUCCAGCGGCGUCUUCUUCAUCAACACCGUCCGCCGCGCCUUUGGCUCCUCGUCAACCGAAUUUCCCCAGCCGGAGGACACGCUCGUCGGCGGCGAGGAGAAUUUGCAUCCAAAUACUCACGAGGAGACGCCGGUUUCGCAGUGGGACUAUGAUCCUUCAAUCGCUUGCAUCCUGGGCCAGGCGCCACCGCAGCCUCUGGCUCGCGACCUUAUGAUGGUCUACUUCAAAGUCUGGCAUCCUCUGUUCCCGUUCAUCCAUGGACCAACCUUCCUGCAUGCAAUGGAGUCUUUGUACUCUGAAAAACCACAAUCGCAGACUCAACAGCCGUCACGAAACAAACACAAUGCUUCUUGGACUACGAUCUUCCAAUGCGUCUUCCAUCUGGCUAGCCUGACUAGCCCUGGUCUCCCACUGCCUCAGGAAUGCAGGAUCCAACCACCGAUCAGCGCCAGUAUACACACCCUACUGAGCCCACUCACGGCGCGCCACGAUCUUCUCUCUCUGCAGGCUCUACUCGCCUGUCAGCUCUAUCUGGUAGCUACCAUGUCCCUGCGCACCGCCUCCACCGUAGGCGGCUGCAUGCUGCGCUCAAUGCUCCACGCAGGCCUGCACCGCUGUCCAUUCCGAUACCGCGAGCUUUCUACCUCCUCGCAGCACCGUCACCUGCGCAAGCGCAUCUUUUGGUCUGCGUAUGCCUUAGACCGCUACCUCAGCCAGGCCCUAGGCCUCCCCCUCGGUGUCCAAGACUCAGACAUCGACGUUUGCCCCCCAGGAAGCGCAGAAGUCCACAAACCCUUGCAACACCUCCCGCCUCCAAACGCCUCAACGACACCACGGUCCCGUUCCGAGGGCGAAGCCGAACAAGCCAGAAAAGAAACUCCCUUCGCAAGCUACGUCGAAUCAGGCAAACUAACCGGCGAAGCCCUCGAACUCUUCCACAAGUCCAUCUUCGUCCGCUCCAUCUCCCAGGCAUCCGUCCUUGUAUUGACGACCUCAGUCCACAAAUGGUGGAACAGCCUCGACCUACCCCCUUCUCCUCCCCCUCUACACAAGUCAUCACACCCACCACCACCAGCAGACACAGCCUCAAUGGACGAAGCCCCCUUCAAUUACACCCCCUUCUUCACAAUCCUCUACCAACACCUCCUCCUCCUCCUCCACCGCCCCUCUCUCAGCCUCCCAAACACAACCCCCGAAUUCGCCUCCGCUUUACAGUCCUGCAUCUCCGCCGCCCGCCACAUCCUCCUCGCGCUCAAAGCGCAGCGCGACUCCGGCCAAGCCCUCUUCUGGCCGGGCUUCCUAUCCGCCGCGUGGAUGGCCGGUCUGGUCCUCGCGUUUGCGUGUCAGUUGGGCCAGUAUGUUCUUGCAAAGGGUGUUCUGGAAAUCUCAUCCUGCAUCGACAUCCUCCGCGCCAUGUCCACGCAAUGGGAACCGGCUAAACACUGCCACCGCGCACUCACACUCCUUCUGCGCGCAGUCUCCCGACGACAGGAGACAACAAACCCAGGCGCAACUGCUACUACCACAUCAAUAACUGCAGGCGCCAACCAAUCUACUUCAUUACUAGGUAUCGGCGAGCAAGCAUCAACAUCAACAUCACAAUCGCAAGCAGGACCGUCGAGUUCAACAAGGAAGAAACGGAAACUAGAUAAUAACUAUGCGGGUGCAGAACAUGAUUCCGCUGAGAACCAGGGUGUCGAUACACCUGGUCUCGCUGGGAAUACUGCCGGUAAUAAUGGCCUAGGUGUUUCCGGGUUAUCUGGUAGUAUUGUGGUGCCUGGGCAGGAGGAUGGGGACUGGGACCAGUCGCUGGAUUUGGAUAUGAAUAUGGUGGAUUUGUUGCAGGAGGGGAAUUUUGAUAGUUUGAUGGAUCUGUUUGGGCAGCAGUAUCCCACCUUUUAG